CUGUGACAGCUGCAAAUCAAACGAUAUUAUAAAAACAGAACGUGUUCCGUUUUCAAGCGAGAUCAACGUCGUGUGCUCGUUUUUUCGUGGUCGUGCGGAGACUUUUCCCUGAUAGUGGUACGAAAUGUCAACAACAACAAUAGCAAGUAACGCUGUUAACGGCAAUCACUACGAGCAAUUGCAUCAAGGACGCACCAAGAUGUACAAGUCGAAAGUGGAUGUUGUGCUAGGUGCCCAAUGGGGCGAUGAGGGCAAAGGCAAAGUGGUUGACAUGCUCGCAUCCGAGGUGGACAUUGUCUGCAGGUGUCAGGGCGGCAAUAACGCUGGACACACGGUCGUUGCAAAUGGCACCGAAUUCGAUUUUCAUCUGCUGCCGAGCGGUGUCGUUAAUGAGAAAUGCAUUUCGGUCAUCGGCAAUGGCGUCGUUAUUCAUUUACCCUCGCUGUUCGAUGAGGUGCUGAAGAAUGAGGCUAAGGGCUUGAUACAUUUGGAGAAUCGUUUGAUCAUCUCGGAUCGGGCGCAUCUUGUGUUCGAUUUCCAUCAGCAUGUCGAUGGCAUGCAGGAGGCGGAGAAGGGCGGCAAAUCGCUGGGCACCACCAAGAAGGGCAUCGGUCCGGCCUACUCCAGCAAAGCCACACGCAAUGGCAUCCGUGUCGGUGAACUGCUCGGCGAAUUUAAUCUGUUCAGCGAGAAAUUCAAAUCGAUUGUGAACACACAUUUGCGAUUGUUCCCAUCGAUCAAGGUGGAUAUCGAUGCGGAGCUGGUGCGCUACAAGGAUUAUGCGGAAAAGAUACGUCCCUAUGUCAAGGACACCAUCUGCUUUCUGCACACAGCGUUGCGCAAUGGCAAAACUAUACUGGUGGAGGGUGCCAAUGCCGCAAUGUUGGACAUUGAUUUCGGCACGUAUCCGUAUGUGACGAGCAGCAAUUGCAGCAUUGGUGGUGUCCUUACCGGACUGGGUCUGCCGCCGCAAACGAUUGGCGAGGUCAUUGGCGUUGUCAAGGCUUAUACGACGCGCGUGGGAGACGGACCCUUCCCCACGGAGCAGUUGAAUGAAAUUGGUGACUUGCUACAGACGCGUGGCUUCGAGGUGGGCGUGACCACAAAGCGCAAGCGUCGCUGUGGCUGGCUGGACAUCCCGUUGCUGCAGUAUACAUCACUGGUUAAUGGCUACACUUGCAUUUGCAUUACGAAACUGGAUAUUCUGGAUACGCUGGCCGAGAUUAAAGUGGGUGUCAGCUAUAGGCGUAGCAAUGGCGAUAAGUUGGAUCAUUUCCCCGGCACCAUUAGCGAGCUGGGCGGCAUUGAGGUGGAGUAUGCCAUACUGCCCGGCUGGCAAACGUCCACGGAGCACGUACGCAACUUUAAGGAGCUGCCCGAGAAUGCACAAAGCUAUGUUCGGUUUCUGGAGAGCCAUCUCAGUGUUCCUGUGCGCUGGGUGGGCGUUGGUAAAGGCCGUGAAUCUAUAAUUAAUGUACACUAGUUAGCCAUACACACACAUAGACACCCACACAUACACACACACACAAGCUAUAUGAAUAUGCUUUAAGCUCCAUUUAAUCCAUUAUUCGAGAGUUGCUCCUGUGUCUAUGAACUCUGGACGUUUAACUAUGCUAACUACAAUAACAAACCACUUACCGGUAAAGUAAUAUUCCGACUAUAUUUGUAUCGACUACAACAAUUUGGACACAAACUUAAUUAAUUUUUCUUAGCUUAUUGCAUCUUUAAGUUUUAUUUGAUAUGAACAACAGAUAUACUAUAUACUAUGAUUUUGUUUUGUAACACUGCACAGAGAUAUGUAUAUCUACAUAUAUGUUCGUUUGUUGAGACGUACUUAGUAUUAAGACCGUCAAGUGCAGUUUUUAAAUUUUUAUAGACUAUUGCAUAAAAGUGAAACAGAUAUUUUCUAUUGUACAAUAACUAAUUAACGUUGAUUUAAUAUUUAAAUACAACAUUGUGCUUUGACUUGUAUAAUUUUGAAUUGUGUAAUCUGUGUGGAAUUUUUUGUAUUAAUUGGUCCUGUCGCAAAAUCUGUUGUGAAUGCGAAAUAAAUAAAACAAUACACAAAGA